AUGGCAAACUUGCCGACAAUCCUCACGGUUCUGGCUCUCGGGCUAGCGCUCCUCUGCGCUGUCGGUCCGGUAGCCGCGAAGAACGUGGGUAACGUCGUCACCGACGCGUUCUUCAACGGCAUCAAGUCCCAGGCCGGAGGUGGGUGCGAGGGCAACAACUUCUACUCGCGAGGCGCGUUCCUGAACGCCGCUAACUCGCACUCCGGCUUCCCCCACGGCGGCUCAGAGGCCGAUGGCAAGCGCGAGAUAGCCGCCUUCUUCGCUCACGCCACACAUGAGACUGGACAUUUCUGCUACAUCAGUGAGAUCAACAAGAACAACGCCUACUGUGACUCGAGCAACACACAGUGGCCGUGCGCUGCGGGGAAGAAAUACUACGGACGCGGCCCGCUGCAGAUCUCGUGGAACUACAACUACGGGGCUGCCGGAAGAUACAUCGGCUUCGAUGGGCUCAGGAACCCGGACAGGGUGGCGCAGGACCCUGUGAUUGCGUUCAAGGCGGCGCUCUGGUUCUGGAUGAACAACGUGCACGGGGUGAUGCCGCAAGGGUUCGGCGCCACCAUCAGGGCCAUCAACGGAGCCCUCGAGUGCAACGGAAACAACGCCGCCCAAAUGAACGCGCGGGUGGGCUACUACAAGCAGUACUGCAAGCAGUUCGGCGUCGACCCGGGGAACAACCUCACCUGCUAG